CAUUUGUUCCUAGAUAUGGUGGUCCUACAAUUCCACUCCAAUGCACUCUCCCUUCAGAAUUUUCGCUCCUGCUCCGCCGUCCGCCACCGUCCGCCGAGGCCGUUCGUCAAAGAACCGCCAUCAAUGGGAAGCAUCGGAGCUUUGAAUUUUCUGAAACCAAUAAGAACUGCCAAUUUCAGUUCUACAAAGCGAAUUUUCCAGUUAUCACCGUCGUCUUCUCGAAGCUACGCAGUGAAAUCGAGUGUUCUAGAACCUCCUAACGUUCCUCGUUUAGCUGAAACUGCUCGAAUUUCACUCAAUCAACAACAAUUUGAAGAAUUCGGUCCUAAAAUUGCACAAGUUAUAGAUUGGUUUGGACAACUACAAGACGUUGAUUUACAGAGUAUUGAGCCAGCUAUUAGGGCAGAUACUGAAGGAGAUAAUUUACGCGGAGACGUACCUGAGAAGUUUGAGAAUAUAGAUGAAUUGAUUUCUGCUGUGCCAAGUUUUGACAAACCUUAUAUCAAAGUUCCUAAAGUGCUCAAUAAGGAGUAAUGUUGCUCAGCAACAACAUCAGCAGCCUGAAGUUGGACCAGUGGAAAAUAGCGUCUCUCACCGUCUUCCUCCGUUCACAAUCAACAGAGAGAUGAGUGGCAGUCUCAAGCUAUGUUGCUCGGACUCUUCAAAAAUGUCGAUAGGUGUGUGUGGGAUCCUCCCAAAAUAGUGUAUUUUUGAAGUAUCCGACACAUGUGCAGCAACGUUUUUGGAGGUCCGAGCAAAUUAGGUCUCAAGUGCAUCAACAUUUAUAUGUGAUUUAUGUGUAUAUUUUAGUGUGACUGGUUUGUAUGGAUGGUGUGCUGCGUUUGACGCUUGCUUUUUUUUUUUUUUUUUUUUUUUUUCUUUUGAUGUUUUUAAGAAUUUGAGUGAUUUGGUUUCAAGAUGAAAAAUUUCACUUUGAAUGUAAAUUGUUUUUUCUAAAAGGUAAUUCCAGUUGCAGAGCUCAAGCCAACAUACCCUGUUAUAAAUGAUAUGAUGCCUAAUAUCCCACCAUAACUUUUGAUGAUCGUGUCAGAGGCGGAGCUAAAAUUUUAAUGAAGGGGUUCAAUAUUUGAAGAAUAAUUAGCCGAAGGGGUUUAACACCUACUCUUGAUGCAUAAAAUAAUUUUAAUCAUGUAUAAAUUAUAUAUUUUCCGUCGAAAGGGGAUUCAGAUGAACUCUUUUCAAAGGGAUGGCUCCGCCCCUGUCGUGUUUGACUUCUCGUAAUAUCUAAACAUUGUAAGUUUGUGAACGUUUACCUAAAGGUGGAGUUGAAGUUCAUGAUAUAUUAGGAAUGAA